GAAAGUCGCGUCGCGUGCUCCUGAGUCCUGUGUGCACGCGUCACAAGAUCACGGGACUUCCGGUUAGUUUUUUUCAGCGCGCACCAAACCAACCAAACCACCAAACCAAAACCGCCCAAACCUGCGCAAAAUCGCUGGUCAUGGCUGGUCUUGGUGUCGUAUGUUGGUCGGAGCGAAUGCAGUGAUGCAGUCAUAGUGUAAUAGCUUGUGCACGAGUCCGUGGAAGCAGCGCUCAACUAGCAUGGCGCGCAGAAGAGGUGCUACGGAUCGAGCUCCAUUGCUUUCAGAUGGUGAAGAAAUUGACGGCUACAGUAGUUACGCCGAUCUCGCUUGCCACCUCAAGUGCCAGCUCGACCCGCCGCUUCCACCGAGCACAUCCAACAACUUCAGCAGUGACAGAGUAGUCGGUGAAAUAUACCGCGAUGUCGUCGGAGUCUUCGUGAUUGCGUUUGACACGCGAGCUGGCAACACCGUGGAGUGGUGGACACCCAAAGAGCUAGACAUAUCAGGAAUAGAAUUCAAGGCUAUGGCAAGUGGAGCACACAGGGUCCAUACAGAUUUUAUCUACUUCAAGCGUGGCAACUUCUACGGACUUUCUUGUUUUGAGAAUAUGAAGGUAGAAAACGAGAAAGAGCGUGGGGCACGCAUGAAAUCAAUAGGAGUCUUGGCACAGAGUUACUCAUUGUUGCACCUCUACAAGCCAUUCCUGCAAAAGCAAGUUAGACACCUGCUGGAAAGCCCAGGGCUGUACAGCGAUCUUGACCAAUUUUAUUUAAAGCACUGCAGUCGCCCCACACUAGAAGCCAGCAGUGAGCUGAGUCCCUACAAGACUAUCUGUGAUGGCAUGCAUUCCAUGCAGAUAACUCACCCAGCAGGUUGCUUCUCUCAGUUCUUGAACUACUUUGGGGAGAAAGUGUUUCUGCUGUGGAAGUUUGCACUGCUGAAGAAACGCAUUCUUUUCUUCUCCCCUCCACCCAUUGGGGUGGUGUGUUACCGUGUGUACUGCACCAGUACUCUGGUCGCACAUGUUUAUCCCGACAUCGAAACGUGCCUUUGCCCGCCCAACUUCUACAUCAACGUCACCGAUGUGGACGUCCUGGCAAAACAGUCUGCUUACGUUGCUUGCACCACAGAGAAAAUUUUUGAGUCAAAACAAAACUUGUUUGAUCUGUAUGUGGACCAGCAAAAUUUGGAACCAAAUUCUUCCAUGCAUCAAAGACUGUUGGAAUUGAGUGUUGCGGACAGGUUAAAGUACAGCCACCUCCUAGACCUCAGGUCUAAAUGUCAGCCAUUACUGGCUGGAGAUCUGGAGGCAGUGGACGAGUCUUGGUUCACUGGGUUCUUCAUGGCCCAGAACACUCAACUCUUCAAAGAGUUGCUGGAAGUUUCCAGGAGCCCUGAAAAACUGUGGACUGAAGAGCAUAUGCAGAGGGUGGGCCUGGACCCUUAUGGAGACAAGUUGUUCCUCACGGAGCUGGUUGAACGCUACGGCAUAGACAUCGUGCUUAUCACUGACAACAUGUGUUGUCCAGCAUGACCGUUAGUCCUUGUCCUUGCCAAGUGAAACCACAGGGACUGCUGUACAGACUGGGGCAAAGCACAGUUUCAAACCAAGUGUGCUGUUACUGUGUACUUCACAGGUUCAGUGGCUGGUUGGCUUGAGUGUUCCUGGUGGAAGCGUUAGUACAAGUAUUGCAUCAGCUGUGUUAUGUACAUGCAUUGCAACCAGAUAUAUUUGUGUUAUCUGCUUUGAAGUUGACUGCACCCUACACAAUUUCUGUUGUGUAACUGAUGUGGAGAUUAACCUAAUUGAAAUCAAACUUCCCUUGCAUUGCUAUAGGGGAGCUCUGCCCUUCUAAACACGGUUUACUCAAAGUUAAUACCGAACUUCCCAAAGAAUGUUCAAUUUCUACAAAUGAAUUUUUUUUUUUUUUA